AUGCUAAGAAGAGAAAUUGAUGCAGACGCUAAAGGCAUGUUUGGUGCUAGAAAGAAAUUUCCUGAUUUUGUUGAGGUCGUCGAUAAUGACUUUACAGAUGACAUGUACUAUAACCAAUCCAUGUUUCCCCAUCGGACAGACAAAGAUAUGCUGUCCUCACCCUCACCGUCAUCAUCGAACCAGCUGUCUCAGCUCGGUGCAAAUUUGUACAACGCACAAACAGGUGCACUUGGCUUCUCGGUAAGGGGUAUGGGAAACAACACACCUCAGUUAAACCGAAAUCUUACUCAAGGCAACCAGUUACCAAGUCAUAUUACCCCCACAACAGGGGUCCCAACCAUGUCGCUUCAUACACCUCCAUCACCAAGCAGGGGGACUUUGCCAAUGAACAGGAACAUGCUAAAUCACUCACAAGUUGGCCUUGGGAUCAGUGGCAGAACCAACAGUAUGAGCAGCUCUGGACUUGGAAGCCCGAACCGCAGCUCACCAAGUAUCAUCUGUAUGCCCAAACAACAACCAGCCCGCCAAGCUUUCACCAUCAACAGCAUGUCCGGCUUCGGAAUGAACCGAAAUCAAGCAUUUGGAAUGAACAAUUCGUUAUCAGGGAGCAUCUUUAACGGCACAGAUGGAAGUGAAAACAUUACAGGGCUGGAUCUGUCUGAUUUCCCUGCAUUGGCAGAUCGGAGUAGAAGGGAAGGGACUGGAAACCCAUCGGCAGUGCUCAGCCAGUUGUCUAGUCGGGCUCCUUAUGUUGGCAUGGUGACAAAGCCAUCGACUGAUCAAACACAAGAUUUUUCUAUCCACAACGAGGACUUCCCAGCACUUCCUGGUCCAAAUUAUAAGGACCCCUCGCUAAACAACGAUGACAACAAAAAUAAUUUAAAUGUGACGACCAAGAACACAUGUAACACAGAUGGACCAAAGUUUCCUGGAGACAAACCUGUGUCGGUUCAGAAUAACAAUAACCAGAAGAAAGGAAUUCAGGUGUUGCCUGAUGGUCGGGUGACAAACAUUCCUGCAGGCAUGGUAACAGACCAAUUUGGAAUGAUCGGCCUGCUGACUUUCAUCCGUGCUGCUGAGACAGAUCCAGGCAUGGUUCAUCUGGCUUUAGGAAGUGACCUCACAACUCUUGGGCUUAACCUGAACUCACCUGAAAAUCUAUACCCAAAGUUUGCCUCUCCGUGGGCAUCAGCACCGUGUAGACCUCAGGACAUCGAUUUCCAUGUCCCAUCAGAGUACUUAACCAACAUCCACAUAAGAGACAAGUUGGCUGCUAUUAAACUGGCUCGAUAUGGAGAGGACCUGUUGUUCUAUCUGUACUACAUGAACGGCGGAGACCUGCUACAGCUUCUGGCAGCAGUGGAGCUUUUCAAUCGGGACUGGCGGUACCACAAAGAAGAACGGGUUUGGAUAACAAGAGCACCUGGCAUGGAGCCCACUUUGAAGACCAACGCUUAUGAAAGAGGAACAUACUAUUUCUUUGAUUGUCUUAACUGGAGAAAAGUAGCCAAAGAGUUUCAUUUAGAAUAUGACAAGCUUGAAGAGAGACCUCAUGUGCCAACAACAUUCAAUUACAACCCAGCACAGCAGGCCUUCUAA